UGCCGGUUUUGUAAGAAGUAAAGUUGCUUUUCCCUGAUACCAUGGAAGGUUUCUGGAUUUCUCCAGAGAAACCAAAAUCCUCUCGAAGCUCACUGUCUUUUCCAGAAACCUCGACAGUACUCUCCCUUAACUAAAUAUAUUAACGAACGCCGAAUCCCAUGAACAUCAAAUCUUUUCCUUCACAUCUGCUAUCAAACACCUUAUACACAAAGAUUCAAUCCCUCUCAGGUUCUCGUGCUAGAAAAACUCAGGAAAUGUCUCAAGCAGCUGUCUCAAACUUGUGUCUCUCUCUGCCUCUCCCAUGUGGGAGAGCCAGUAACUCUUCAAAGCCUCUAUGUUGGACGCUUCCCCACUCUUUCAAACCAAUUGGCAGAGGUCUGAGCCAGAACAGCAUCAGGGCCGUGGCAGCUGGGGAAAACAGAGACAAUCUUGACCAUUUGCAGAGGUCCAUCAAGCACCAAGAAUCCAACCCCAAGAAGCGAGUCGUCCCAGUUGCACCCAUAGGGUUGUGGGACCGAUUUCCAACGGCAAGGACGGUUCAGCAGAUGAUUGAGACGAUGGAUAGGAUGAUGGAGGACCCGUUUGCCUACUCCGGUGGGUGGCCCUCGCCGUUGCCGAGCGAGGGGGCAGGGUACAGCAGGGGAAGGACACCGUGGGAGAUCAAAGAGGGCGAGACAGAGUACAAGAUGAGGUUCGACAUGCCUGGAAUGACCAAGGAGGAUGUGAAGGUCUGGGUGGAGGAUAGGAUGCUGGUUGUGAAGGCUGAGAAGGUGCUCGAGAACACUGAAGGCCAGGACAAUGGGGAGGAAGAGGAGUGGUUUGCCAAGAGCUAUGGUAGGUACAGCUAUAGGAUUGCUUUGCCGGAUAAUAUUCAGUUCGAGAAGACUAAGGCGGAGGUGAAAGAUGGGGUUUUGUAUAUAACUAUUGCUAAGCCUAGCAGCCCUGGAAAAACUUUGGACAUCAAUGUUGACUGAAAUUUUCUAUCAGAAUAUCUUUGAUCAUAUAUAUAUAUAUAUAUAUAUAUAUAUAUAUAUGUCGUUUAGGUUUUACUUUCUCCUUCGAGCAGAAUUCAGAUGUAAAGAGAAAGAGAAUCUAUUGCAUAUUUGAAGUGUUUUACUUCAAUAUAUGAUAUUUUUGCGUA